CGUUACUGCCUUGGGGGUGUUCUCCGUCUCAGUAACAAGGUCACGUUCACUGACGUGCAGGUUCGUGGGUGUUGCAUUUUUCGACCGCAACAUGACUUCUCCCCGGACAGUUGUGAGCUACGACUGGUGAACCUCAAUUACACCGCCGCCAGUUAUGCAGUUGCUGCACGUCCUAGCUCGGUCAGGCAGCUCCGCACACCGCGCCAGGAAUCCUCCAACUUCACUGCUUUCAUGCGCGCCUGCGCAGACGCCCACUUUGAAAAGUCGUUUUCGCGAUCAUUUAUUUCCACUCCGGUUGUCAAACCGAGUCCAAUUACUGCAUCCCGCACGAUAUCUGCCUCAACGCCCAUUCAGAGACGCGGUGGAAACCUCCAGGCUCCAAGUUCUGCUACCACCGCUGUGAGGAGUCUCUCUACCCUCCUCCGUGGGGACUUAGUGUCUGCAGCUUCGGCUGCCACACCCUGCAAGUUACUGGCCCCUGAGACUACCCCCAGUUCCGUCUCCGUUACUCCGAAGCCCUUUCGAACACGUACCGGGCUAUCGAGACCCCGUAGCUCGUGCCAGACUCUGCCACUAACUCCCUGCUCCGCUGCGUCCGCACUCUCGAUGGCGACUCCGGCUGGUUCGGCUUCUAGGCGAACUCGUCUGAGAGCUUCGCAGGAGGCUGUGGAAUCCAUUCCUCCCACUGUGAUGUCUCCCGGCCCUGCGAACAAGGAGCCAGUUGAGCAGACUCCAGUUAGACGUGCUACCAAGCAGCAAGAGGCACCAGCAUCCCCGCCCAGUCAGUCCUCGCCUUCCUUCCUGGGUUCCAGUUUCACUGUUGAGGCUCUGGAUGACCUGAAUUUUCCUGCCUUCUCAUCAUCCUCCUUACUCGUGUUCGUUGUAACACUUUGUCUCCCGGUGGUAGCUGUGACGUCUGCCUGCACCCGUUUCGUAGACCGGCAACGCAGAUCCCAAAAGAGGACACCAGCAAAGAGCCUCUUUGAGUCAACAGCCGCGAAUUUGCAUUUUCUCCUCAAACACAACCUCUCUCUCCCCAUCGCCCAUCUCCUAUGUGCGCGUCCCCGCUCCCCCGUCGCGAACCCGUCGAACAGCCUCGUGGCGGCAGUGCUGCGCAAAGAGCAGCAGCUGCAGAUGAAGGCCAGCGUUCUCACGCUUCUGCGGCCCUUCAAUCGCUAA